AUGGUGCUGAGUUUGGCUGAACUGCACCUGAUAUCAAUCCACAAGUGCAACAAAGAGAUCAAUGGAGAAAAUAUAGGAGCAGAAACUUCUGAUGAAGAAAGGGAUGAGGAUGAUCAUGAGUACAGCAGGCAGCUGAAAGGAGAAGAUGAAGAUGCUGAAGCAGGAAAACAAUUGGAGGAUGAAGACAAGCACUGGAUGGAGAAAGAAGCUCAAGGAGUUGAGACAGGUGCAAUGGGUGAUGAAGUUAAGGAAGGUGAUGAGGGUGGGAAAGAGGAACGAGAAGAGAGAACAGAAUGGGAGGCAGAUGAAGAUGACUGGGAGAAGGAAGGUGAAGAUAACAAAAAGGAAGAUAAUUUAGAUCAAGAAAAGGAGGAGAAGAACCAACAGAGACACGAUAGUUCAGAAGGUGUAGAAGAAAGGGAAUCUGAAGCAGCAGUAGUGUUAAUAGAAAGUUGUGUCAGCUAG